AUGAAAUUCAUCUCUGCUUAUUACUUGCUGCCUCUCUUUCCUGCACUGGUCUUCAGCGCUAGACAGGGCUAUGAAGAACUGGAAAGACAGCUGAAAGAAGUCUUUAAGGAAAGGAGCAAUAUCCUUCGUCAACUGUCGAAGACUUCUAAAGAACUUGAGGGAAUUAAAGUAAACCUCCAGUCUUUGAAAAAUGAUGAAGCAUCAGCCAAAAAUGAUGUGCAGAAACUUCUGGAACUGGGCCAAAAGCAAAGGGAAGAAAUGAAAUCUCUUCAGGAGGCCUUUCAAAAGCAGCUUAAUGAGGCAACUGAGAAAGCAGAGAAGCAGCAAGCUACCAUUAACUUUCUGAAGACUGAAAUGGAAAGGAAAAGCAAAAUGAUCCGUGACCUCCAAAACGAGAACAAAAGCCUCAAAAACAAGCUCCUGUCGGGAAACAAGCUUUGUGGUAUUCAUGCAGAAGAGUCAAAAAAGAUCCAAGCCCAGCUGAAAGAGCUUCGUUAUGGGAAAAAGGAUUUGAUUUUUAAGGCACAACAGCUAACAGAUCUGGAGCAAAAACUAGCAGUUGCAAAAGAUGAAUUGGAAAAGGCAGCCCUUGACAAAGAGUCACAGCUGAAAGCUCUAAAGGAGACCGUGCAGCUUUGCCUGUCUUCCGUUCUGCACAAUCAGCCUCCUGCUACGAAUCUAAUCCCUUCAAAACCAGCUGAGAAGCUGACAUCAUCAGUUACAAAGGGCUCAAAAGUUCCAUUUCAAGUGACAAGCGCCAAGGUUGGCAAGACAUGUUUGGGGAAUCGCAAUAAUUCAACAUCUCGUUUGAAGACAGCAGAAACAGAGACAAACUUUCAGCAAAAGUUGCACAGCCCUCCGUGGACUAAACCCGAAGACAAAAAAUCACCUGAAAGAAAUGAGAAAAAAAUUGAAGAGUCUGUUAGUACAAAAGAAAAAAAACUCUAA